GACUGUUUUAUGGUUAUGCGGCAUUUGCUGGUUCAAGUAAUUAGUUGAAGUCCAUUCGAUUCAUAUCGCCCUGAACUCAAGUCACUACACUCUCUAGCUCUGUCGGUACUUGUGCAGGUUCUGAUGUUUCGAUUCUAAUAAUUUUUAUUCUUACCGGUACCUCUCCGAAGAUGUCCUCCCCCAAACCGGACGGUACUUCACACGUGAGUGCGCCAGAUACUGCGACUGGUGCGCAGGAUUCGCGUACAACUAAUGUUACUUCAAGCGGAGACAGGCGCUCAGUUUCGGUGACCGGGGAUUCGUUAGACAAACCUGUCCCGGUCACCACUGUAGAUCGAACAGUCACUGCCAGUGCUACAGACCAACAUGUAUCCGUCACGUCCACAGAUCAGCCAGCACCGGCCAGUACUCCGGAUCAGGUUGUCCCCAUCGUCGCCGAUAGUGUCCCGAUGUCACUACGGACCCGCAGCACACUGGACAUCCUCUCUCUGGCCUGCAGUCUGCCCCAUGUCAAUCAUGUCUUUGAGAAGCUGCCGCAGCUCGAGAACAGACAGGCACACACACUUGCAGUCACCCUGCUCAGCCGUUACAAGGAACAGGGAGAACAAUACACGUCAUUGCUGAAUGACAUUGCAGCUGGCAAGGUGGUGGACCCACGAGACCGAGCACUGACCUUUGCCCUAAGCGGUGGAACUUACGGGGUAGUGCAACAAGGCACGAGAAAUACGGUCAACGUUGACGGAAACCUGGUGCAGGAUGAAGACGUGUCCAUUAUGCAGCAAGGCGUCGACAACACACUCAACAUUAACGUCUCCAUCGACGCAUUGUCCGUUGCAGGCGGGGAAGGCUAUCGUCCUGCAUCCACCAAGGAUGCACGCGAAUCGAUCACGACCGAAUUGAUGCGCUUUGUGCAGCGCUUCUCCAGAGGUGGUGGACUAGGCUCACAGCAGGAUCACUCCUCACCAGUCACUGGAACACCAGUGGACGACACUCCUGGCGAGGGAGAUGCGAACGAUCGCGGCAACUACACCGUCCGUCCCUCCUCGCUCUUCUCCCUCGGCCAGAACUGCAAGCAGGUGAUGGAGAGGAUGCUAGGACUCGGCGAUGCCAGCCCGGUGAAAGUGAGCAACGUCCAAGCGCUAGGCGAGGAUCGCAUACGCAUCACGUUGACGGAGAAGGACCCGGCACCAGCUUACUUGGGUAUGGCAUGCACAAGCCUGAUGCAGCCUGUGAUCAUUGUUAAAUUUGCUCCACCUCCAGCACAUGCACUCUCUGGCCAACCGCAUUCAUACCAGCAACAUGACUCUAAGUCGCCGAUCAUGGCAAAUGCAACUUCCUCUAUACACUGA